AUGAGAGAAACAUACGCUACAAGUUAAUCUAGUUGCUUUACGGAAAAAAAAUAUUUAUGAUAUCAAAAUUGGUAAUACUAAGCCUCUCAACUUAGUUUAGAAAAAUAUUUUUAAAAAUACAUCAUUACGUAUGUUUCCAUAGGUAUUGUUCUCAUUAUUUGUUGUUGAUAAGUCAGAGGAGCUGAAGAAAAUAAAUUAUAUGUUAAAGAUUUUAUGUUAUAAUGCAUAUAUUAUAUCACUAAUAUGGUAUGAUUUAACAUUAGUAAUAUAUUAAUAAUUUUAAAAGUAUAUUAUAUUGUUCUAAAGUUUUUAAAUGUAACCUAAACGGCUAAACUUAAUCUUUUAAUUAUCUAUCCAUAUCUAAAUUAUAAUAGAAGAGACAAUAAAUCCACAAGAAAAAGAUCCUAAAAUCCGACCAUAGUAUAAAUGCUCUCCCCACGUUUUCUACUGCCCAUAGAAGCCCACUCCGCACGUCUGCACUCAUCGUCACGCUCAUCAUCUGCGUGAAUUUUACUCCGUCAGAUUAUUUUUAAAAUAAUUUCAGUAAAAUUUAAACUGAAUAAAAUCUUCAAUUCUUUCUACGACUAAAAAUUUAAGGGAAAAAAAAAAUCAAAAGGUAUCUCUUUUUAUCGAAUAAUCAGCAAAGAGGCAUUUUGAAACGUCCCGAUCGAAUGUUGGCGGUCCUGACGGCUCCGGCGAUUGGACGUCGUGCCGACAGCACAUCGCUGCCGCCACUGACGUCGUCGGCGGAGCCCAUGGAUCCCCCGCACCGUCUUCUUAUCGAGCAAUCGCUCCCGGCUCGGUAUUCCGAAUGGGUCGUGGAGACGCUCGACGAGAUCGAAGGUUGCUUCCUCAUCACCGACCCUGGCAUCGCCGACCAUCCCAUCGUGUUCGCCAGCCACGGGUUCCUGGUGAUGUCCGGGUAUUCCAUCGAGGAGGUGCUCGGCCGGAACGGCCGGAUCUUCCAGGGACCUGACACCGACAGGCGGUCUGUAAUGGAGAUUAGGGAGGCGAUACGAGAGGAGCGGACGCUCCAGAUUAGCUUGCUUAAUUAUAGGAAUGACGGGACGCCGCAUUGGAUUCUUUUUCACCUCUUUCCGGUGUUUAGAGUGGAGGACAUCAGGGUCGCGCACUUUGUGGCGGUCCAAGUGGAGAUUCCCAUGAGAUCAAAGUGCUUGAGAUCUUACGCGGAGCAUAGGCAUGGUGGAGGGACUGGAAGGUUGCUCGUGGCAUGCCGGAAUGAGUGCCAAUCGGACUACAAAUUGGGGUGUGACACUGUCGUGGAAUCGUUUGUGGAUGUCGACAAUGGAGGAUUGGAAGUCAAGGAAUCACGCGAAGCAAGUGAGCAAGAGAAGGAGAAGGCGCACGAUGCUGCCAACAUCAUCCUUUCAACUCUUAUUCACUACAGUCAGCUCACAGGCAGAGUUGUCAGCGACAAAAGAUGCAGUGAGGCGGGCAUUUCUGCUAUCAAUUCAUCCCUUGUUAUUUCUCUUGGUAGAAUCAAACAGAGUUUUGUACUGAUUGAUCCCCGGCUACCUCAGAUGCCCAUUGUCUAUGCUAGUGACGAAUUCUUAAGUCUGUCAGGUUAUUCUAGGCAUGAAGUUCUGGGAUGCGACUGUUGGUUCUUGAAUGGACCUGACACAGAAGCAGAUGCUAUACAUCAGAUUAGGCAGAGCAUUCAGGCUGAGCGUUCUUGUACAAUUCGUCUUCUAAACUAUAGGAAGGAUAGGAGCUUUUUCUGGAAUCUACAUCAUAUUUCACCCGUAAGGAAUUCAUCUGGCAGGAUUGCAUUUUAUGUUAGUGUUCAGCUGGACGAGAAUACAAAGAGUGAUGACCAUGGUUUGAGUGCACCCAUGAGGCAGCUUGGUGUUGUGGGUGCAGUCAAGGUUGCUGUCAGAAGUUUAUCGCUAUGUGCUGGUCCUUCAAGGCUGGUUUCGUAGGGAAAAAUAUACAUAUAGUUUUUACAGGGUUAAUAGUUCUUGGCAUUUUGUGUGUCCUUGUUGCUUUUUCCCGCUACAAUGAACAGAAAAUGCUCUCGAAUUAUACUGAUUGUGUUUUCCUCUAUGACAUGGCUGCUGCUAUGAAAGUUGAGCAUUGUUCUUACUUGACUUAUAAAGAGGAAUACUUGGAACUCAUCAAAAAUUCUACACUGUAAAUGAGAAUGUCUGAUAACUCCUGCUAUAUUUUUAGUC